CCCCCCCCCCCCCCCCCCCCACUCUUCACUUUCUUCGCGCACCACUUGUUUCCCCACCAUCUAUCUUCUCCUCUUCACUCUUCAAACGCUUCAAUUCAACACUGCAAUGGCAGCAGCACAAGCCAUGGCUCACCUCCGAUUCUCACCCCUCUCCUCCCACCGCCAUUUCCAUCCUCACCAUCGCACCCCUUCUUUCCCCUCGCCACGUCACCCUCGCACCCAAAGGCUACGCCUUUCCCUCUCCGGUGGAGACUCCGGCGCCGGGGCCGGCCGAGGAAGCGGAGGCGGCGGAGGAGGCUUCGACUCCGGCUCCGACCCCGGCGGCGCGGCGUUCAGCGUGGUUGGCAUGGUCGUGAACGGAUGGAGAUCUCGUGUGGCGGCGGACCCACAAUUCCCAUUCAAAGUCCUGAUGGAGGAGUUGGUCGGCGUGAGCGCCGCCGUGGCUGGCGACAUGGCGACGCGCCCCAACUUCGGCCUCAACGAACUGGACUUCGUGUUCUCAACGCUGGUGGUGGGUUCCAUUCUCAACUUCAUCCUCAUGUAUCUCUUGGCGCCCACCUUGUCCUCUUCUUCAACGCUGCCCUCGCUAUUCGCCACGUGUCCCAGCAGCCACAUGUUCGAACCGGGUCCGUACGGCGUCCUCGACCGGUUCGGGACUCUGCUGUACAAGGGCGGCCUGUUCGCGCUUGUUGGGCUGGGAGCUGGGCUUGUGGGGACCGUCAUUUCGAAUGGACUGGUCGCGGUCAGGAAGAGGGUGGACCCCACGUUCCAGAGCCCCAACAAGGCUCCACCCACGCUUCUCAACGCUCUCACUUGGGCCGCGCACAUGGGUGUGAGUAGCAACCUCAGGUACCAGACGCUGAACGGAGUGGAGUUUGUUUUGGAGAAGCUUGUGCCUCCUUUCGUGUUUAAGUCCUCUGUGUUGCUGCUUAGACUGCUCAAUAACGUCCUUGGAGGGAUGACGUUUGUCAUGUUGGCCAGGCUCACUGGCUCUCAGGCUGUCGCGGGUGCCCACCCCAAAAAGGAUCAAUGAGUAUGAGUCAGAGGCUUUUUUUUUCCCCAUGUUUUUUCUCUAGUUUAGUUGUUCUUAACUUUGGCUGCUGCAUCAAAAUCUGCCACUGCGAAUCGUCUUAGCUUCAAACUUCAAACAACAAUAACAUGCAGGGUUUACAUAAAGUAAAAAUGGGGCUAAAUAAUUUUUAAUUUAA